UAAUACUGACGUGCGGAAACGUUCUUCAACGAGUGAAUAUAUUAAAUAAAUAUAAUAAUGUGCAUAGAGUGUAGAUGAUAAAACUAGGUGCAGUUUUAGUAGUAAGUGUUUAUUCAGAAAGUUUGGAUGAGAGAAACUCAUUAAAAUGUCAAAACUCAUCACGAAGAAGGUGAUUAACUCCCCAGAGACGUGCGUAGAUGACAACCUGAGAGGCGUGGUAGCACUUUACCCGAACUUGAAACUUCACCCUAAGCACAGAGUUGUUACUGUACGACAAAAUAGCGACUCUAAAAGGGUAGCCGUUCUUGGGGGAGGUGGUUCGGGACAUGAGCCUUUUGCAGCAGGUCUCAUCGGAUCCGGCAUGUUGGACGGCGCGGUGGCGGGCGGCGUUUUCGCCUCACCCCCCACUGGGAACGUACUAUAUGCUAUUACGCAGUUAUAUAAGUACAACUCAGGGGGUGUGCUAGUACUACUCGGGAACUACACCGGAGAUAGAUUGAACUUCGGAAAAGCAUUCGAGAAGGCUAGGGUUGCUGGAAUUAAGGUAGAGGGUUUUAUCUUGGGUGAAGAUGUAGCGUCGAGCCACAACAAAACCGGCGGGCGGAGCAUGUGCGGCGAAGUUUUCUUAUACAAAUUAUGUGGCAGCAUGGCCCGCAGGGGGUACGAUCUCCAGACCAUUCACAGUAUGGCGGGCGAAGUGAAUAAGCACAUGGCAACUUUAGGGAUCUGCUUAACUGCAUGUUCUUUACCUGGCCAACCGCCAUUAUUCGAAAUAGCGGCCGAUGAAAUGGAGAUUGGCGCGGGCGUGCACGGCGAGGCGGGAGUCGAGAAGCGCAAGAUGGGAACCGCCAAGGAAAUCGUCGCUAUAAUACUGGACCAGGUAACCGCACACCUAAAACUGGAAGCCGGCGCACGAGUCGCCGCCAUGAUCAACAACAUGGGAGGCACUUCCUUAAUGGAAAUGAAUAUUAUUGCUGCUGAAAUAAAGGACUAUUUAGUUCAAAAGAAAAUCCGUUUGGAAAGAAUAUUCUCAGGUCACCUAAAGACCUCGCUAGACAUGCAGGGCUUCCAGAUCUGUUUAUUGCACUUAAACGAUACUCAUGGUGACCUCUGGCUAGAAUUAAUAGAUCUGCCCACUGAUGCGCUGGGCUGGGUGGGUGGAGCCAUGUCUGUGGGGGAGGGGGAACUUGAGGAUGGGGAUGAUGAGGAUGACGAAGACGGUACGCUGAAUGAUGGGAAGAAGAAGCCAUCCGGUCCGCCUCUAUCCGCACGGGCGCGCGAGCUGGCCCGCAGCGCGCUGCGCGCCGCGUGCGCCGAGCUCGCGCGCCGCGAGCAGCUGCUCAACACGCUCGACUCGGGCUGCGGGGACGGCGACUGUGGGAUCACCCUCAAGAAUUUUGCGGAGGCCAUAAAAUCUUACUCAGAGACCGCAUCAUUCGAAUAUCCUUCUAAAUUCCUGUGGGAUUUGUCGGAAAUAGCAGAAACGGAUAUGGGCGGAACAUCCGGCGGAGUGUACAGCUUGGGACUAGCUGCCGCUGCGCAGGAGUUUAUGAAUGCUGAAACAAAUAACAGUGAAACAUGGUUGUCCGCUUGGAAUUCCGCGAUGGCCGCUAUCACGAAGUACGGGGGCGCGGAGCCUGGUGAUAGGACUAUGUUGGACACACUACACGCUGCAGCGACAGCGUUCAAAGAGGCUCUGUCAGAAUCAAAUUCAAUGAAAAUUGUUCUUGAAAAGGUUAUAGAGGCUGCCGAUAAGGGUGCAAAGGCCACAGCAAAUAUGGUGGCGAGGGCGGGUCGCGCGUCGUACGUAGCCAGCGUGUACACGCACGACGAGGACGCGGGCGCGCGGGCGGCCGCUGUGUGGAUCGAAGCCAUACUUCGUACUAUUAUCGAACAUUGUUAGCUUUAAAUGUGUGUGUGUUAAUAAAAGCGUUUAAUAAAU